AUGGCUACCCCUAGUGUCCUAGCUUUUGACGCUGAGGGUCGCGCCAUUGAUUUUGAGGUCUGGCUAGACGACCUGCAGCUGUUCUUUCAGUGCGACAGGGCUGAUGACCUUUCUCUCUUUGACCUCACCUCUGGCGCCUCUCCUGCUCCUGCUGCUGAUGCUGAUCCCACUGUCCGCUCUAAGUGGGCCACCCGCGAUGCUGCUGCACGUCUUGCUGUGCGUCGCCACCUCCCUACCUCUGAGCGUGCGCACUUUAGUCAGUACAAGAGUGCUCAGACCUUGUACGACGCUGUAGUUGCGCGCUACUCCUCCCCUGCCACUGCUGCACUGAGCCGUCUCAUGCUUCCCUACCUCUUUCCUGACCUCUCUGCCUUUCCCACUGUCGCUGACCUCAUUACGCACCUCCGCACUAGUGACACUCGCUACCGCGCCGCCCUUCCUGCUGAAUUCUGCGCUAGGAACCCCCCUCCCAUGUACAUCGCUCUCUACUACGUAGUCGCGCGCCUCCCUGACUCCCUUCGCGUCGUCAGGGACCACUUUCUCGCAGUCUGUCCCACCACUCUCACCGUCGACCUCCUCGAGAAGGCCCUCCUUGCAGCGGAGAAGAGCAUAGUCGCUGUAGGUGCUUCUCGUGGUGACCCUCGCACCCCCAUCUUUGAGGGGUGCUCUCCUUCCCCCUUGCUGCCCUCUGUUGCCUCUGCUGCUGCUGCCGACCUGCUUGGUCUUGAGUCGGUCGGCGCGGCGUCUGCCCCUAGUGGGAGACGUCGCUCCAGCAAGGGCAAGGGAGGCAAGGGCGCGGGUGGAGCUGGGGGGGGCGGUGGCGGUGGCGGCGGUGGCGGCGGAGGGAGUGGGGGUGGCGGCGGGACUAGUGGCGGGGGUGGUGGUGGUGGUGGUGGCAGCAGCGGCGGAGACGGUGGUGGUGGUGCCAGCGGUGGUUGUGGAGGCAGCGGCGGAGGUGGAGGCGGCGGAGGUGGAGGCAGUGGAGGCGGCAGUGGCGGAGGCAGUAGUGGUGGAGGAGGUGGAGCUGGUCGGGGUGGUACCCAGCAGCGUAGCGGCGGUGGUGGUGGCCAGCGCUCGCACCGGCAGCAGCAGCAGCGCUCACGGGACAUCCCUUCGCCUCAGCAGCUUCGUGAGUGGUACGCUGGGCGUCAGAGGGGUGGGGGUACUGGUCCCUGCACCUACGUUCUUCGUUCCGGCGACCGCGCGGGUGAGCAGUGUGGGGGUGCCCACGCCACCCAGCGCUGCUUUGGCCGCCUGACGGACGCUUGGCGUCAGCAGUUCCCUGGGGCUAGUGAGAUCCCUCGCUGGGAUGAGCUUCUCAGGGCUGGUGUAGCGAUCUUUGAUCUUGAUUUUGAUGCUAUCCUUACUGCUAUGUAUGUUGUGGAUUAUAGUGAGGAGAAUGAGGGUUACCGGUGUUUCCAGCCCGACCCGGGCAUUGGUACUGCUGCGCUAGGUGCUUGUGAGGCUGCUGCUCUAGGUGCCAGUGCGUCUGCGCUCUCAGGUACUGGUGAGACUGCGUUCUCAGGUACUGAGUCGUCCUCGUCCUCCCUCACUUUCACACUUGACUCCGGAGCUUCUCGCUCCUUCUUUCGAGACCGCACUACCCUUUCGCCGCUCGCCAGGCCGGUUGCGGUCUCCCUUGCUGACCCCUCUGGGGGUCCUGUCCUGUCUCACUUCUCCACUGUCCUCCCGUGUCCGGCUGCCCCUUCGGGCACCCUGUCGGGUCUGUACCUUCCCUCGUUCUCUACGAACUUGGUGAGUGGAGCGGACCUGCAGGAUGGGGGUGUUCACCAGUUCACUCCUGCGCGUCAGCGGGUGACCCACUGCACGGAGGCUCGCACAGGCCGACACCUGGCCACGUUCUCGCGUCGGCCGGGGUCGAGUCUCUACACCCUGACCGUUGAGUCUCCUCCUGUCCCUGCGUCUGGUCAGGUGGCUGCGUCGGGUCAGGUACUUGCUGCUGCGUCCCGGUCAGGUCCUGAGUCUGCCCCCUGUUCUUGUCGCCUCCUGUCUCACGAGACUCUCCUGUGGCACCACCGUCUUGGCCACCCCUCCUUGCCCCGUCUUCGGAGCAUGGCUUCCCGUGUCCUUGUCUCUGGUCUUCCCCAGUCUCUCCCUCCUCUCCCCUCCGGGCCAGGACCUUCCUGUGUCCCCUGUGUCGAGGGUCGCCUCCGGGCUACUCCUCACUCCUCCCACUUCCCCCCGACAGAGGCUCCCCUGCAGACGCUUCACAUGGAUGUGUGGGGCCCAGCCCCCGUCCGUGGGCAGGGUUACGAGCGAUACUUCCUGUUGGUGGUUGACGACUACUCGCGUUACACCACAGUCCUCCCCUUGCGCAGCAAGGGUGCGGUCACUGAGGUGCUGAUCGACUGGAUCCGCGAGGCUCGUCUUCAGCUCAGGAAGAGCUUCGGCUCGGACUUUCCUGUUCUGCGUCUGCACUCUGACAGAGGCGGAGAGUUCUCUUCUCGCCUUAUGCGAGACUACUGUCGUGCACGGGGGAUCCGCCAGACCUUCACGCUUCCGGACUCACCACAGCAAAAUGGGAUUGCUGAGCGCCGCAUUGGCAUGGUCAUGGAUGUCGCUCGUACGUCCAUGAUGCAUGCGGCUGCCCCCCAUUUUCUGUGGCCGUUUGCGGUGAGGUACGCGGCGCAUCAGCUCAACCUUCACCCCCGGGUCUCUCGGCCUGCGAUGUCCCCAGUCUUGCUGUGGACAGGGAAGGUUGGCGAUGCGUCUGUGUUCCGUGUCUGGGGAUCUCGGGCGUUUGUCCGCGACUUGUCUGCGGACAAGCUGUCCCCUCGUGCUGCUCCCUGUGUCUUUCUUGGCUUCCCCACUGACGCCCCAGGGUGGCAGUUUUACCACCCCUCCUCUCGUCGUGUUCUGUCCUCCCACGACGUCACGUUCGAGGAGUCAGUCCCCUUCUACCGUCUCUUCCCCUACCGCACUCCUUCCCUCCCCCCUCCCCCGGACUUCCUUGUGCCGGUUCCCCCCCCGGUAGACCCCCUCCCCCCUCAGGUUCCUGCCCCCUCAGGUGUGUCCCAGGUAGACGCCGUUGACCCGGUCGAGGUUACUGGUGACUCUGGUCCUGCUGCGGGUGCUGAGCCUGGGGGUGCUGACUCUGGGGGUACUGUGCGCGGGGGUGCUGUGCCUGGGGGUGCUACUGCUGGGGGUGCUGGGCCUGAGGGUGCUACUGCGGUGGGUGCGGAGCCUGGGGGUGCUGAGCCGGGGGGUGCUGUGCCUGGAGGUGCUGGGUCUGGGGGUGCUGGGUCGGGAGCUGCUGAGCCUGGGGGUGCUGAGCUGGGAGCUGCUGAGCCUGGGGGUGCUGCGUCUGGAGCUGCUGAGCCUGGGUUUGUCCUGCUGCUGCGUCUCGCCGGGAGCCCCUCUCUCCACAGGAGCUGCGCGAGUGGUUCGCUCGCCGCUGGAGGCGUGCUGCUGAGUCUGGAGGUGCUGCUGGAGCUGGAGCUGGAGCUUCUUCGAUCGUCGAGGGUGCGGGUGCUGCCGGUCCCGGAGCUGCUGGACCUGCGGGUCCUCCUGGAGCUGGAGCUGCUGAGGGCGUUCGUGCUGAGCCUGCUGCUGUUGGUCCUGGCGCUGGAGGUGUGGGUGGCGCUGGUGCUGUCGCUGAGGGUGCUGGUGCUGUCCCUGCUGAGACUGGAGCUGCCGCGCGGCCUCGGCCGUACUUCGUUCCGCUCCUUCAGCAGGUUCUUGCGUCGUGAGCCUGCGUCUCGCCCCGCGUCGCCUGUUCGUGCUGCUCGCGCUAGUGGUCGCAGUUCGCGUCAGCGUCCUCCUCCUGUCCCUGGCACGCACCGGAUGUCUCUGCGUCCGUCCACUGCUCCUCUGCGUGCCCCUUUGCCUUCUCCUCCUGAGUCCUCUCUUCCUGCGCUUGCCGACCCUGAGUCGGACUCUCUUCGCGCUGCGAGUCCUACUGUCACGCGUCUGCUUGCUACUGUCGUCACUGACCCCUCUUUUGAGUCCACUGCUGCGUCUGCUCUAGUCGCUGAGCUCGUCGACUUUGCUGCUCGCUGUCGUCUCGACUACGCUGCUAGUCUUGUUGCUGAGUCUGCGUCUGUCUGUCCUCCGUCCGUCGGGGGUGAGUGUGCUCUUGGCACGGACGUCCUAGAGGACAGGCAGGAGGAGUUACAGUGUCUAGCGGCUGCUUCACCUCAUCUCGCGUCUGUACUGCUUGCCCCUGAGGGAGACCCGGAUGCACUAGACAUCCCGACUCCGCGUUCUUACGCGGAGGCCAUAGAGGGUCCCUACUCCUCUCAGUGGCAGGCAGCUAUGGAUGCAGAGAUGGCUUCCUGGAAGUCCACAGGCACCUACGUUGACGCGGUUCCCCCUCCUGGGGCGAACAUCGUCAGUGGCAUGUGGAUCUUCAGGGUGAAGCGGCCGCCGGGCUCUCCACCUGUCUUCAAGGCACGGUACGUUGCUCGUGGCUUCAGUCAGCGGCAGGGAGUUGACUACUUUCAGACCUUCUCUCCCACCCCGAAGAUGACUACUCUUCGGGUGCUGCUGCACAUAGCCGCUCAGCGCGACUACGAGCUUCACUCUCUCGACUUCAGCACUGCGUUCUUGCAGGGUAGCCUGCACGAGGAGAUCUGGCUUCGCCGUCCACCUGGCUUCACUGGGACUUUCCCUCCUGGCACCCAGUGGAGCCUCAGACGGCCAGUCUACGGUCUCCGCCAGGCACCGCGUGAGUGGCACGACACACUGAGGACUACGCUUGCGGCUCUUGGGUUUGCUCCUUCUACUGCUGACCCGUCGCUGUUUCUUCGCACCGACACUUCCCUGCCGCCGUUCUACAUCCUCGUGUACGUCGACGACUUGGUCUUUGCCACAGCGGACACUGCUCGACUCGCCUACGUGAAGUCCGAGCUGCUGAAGAGACACACGUGCACAGACCUGGGUGAACUGCGCAGCUACCUUGGCUUGCAGAUCACUCGGGACAGAGCACGCCGCACCAUUACCUUGACCCAGUCACACAUGGUGCAGCAGGUCCUUCAGCGCUUCGGCUUCACGUACUCCUCGCCUCAGGCCACUCCUCUGCCUACUCGCCACUCACUCUCAGCUCUGCCUUCGGAUGAGUCCGUAGAGUCGAGUGGUCCGUAUGCAGAGCUUGUUGGCUGCCUCAUGUACCUGAUGACCUGCACACGACCUGACCUUGCAUACCCUCUGAGCAUUCUUGCUCGCUAUGUUGCUCCUGGGAGACACAGACCGGAGCACAUGGCUGCAGCGAAGAGGGUAUUGCGCUACCUGUGCAGUACGUCAGGCAUGGGGCUAGUGCUUAGAGGGCGGAGUCCAGUGGUCCUUACCGGCCACGCGGACGCUUCUUGGGCUGACGACCAGGCUACGCAGCGGUCGUCACAGGGUUACACCUUCAGCCUUGGUUCCGGCUCUGUCUCGUGGCGGUCUACUCGCUCGUCUUCGGUUCUCGGCUCCAGUUGUGAGGCUGAGAUCUACGCCGGAGCCAUGGCUGCACAGGAGCUUCGCUGGCUCACCUACCUGCUGACUGACCUUGGAGAGCCGCCUCGUUCUCCUCCAGUGCUGUACGUAGACAACAAGGCUAUGCUGGCCUUGUGUCGAGAGCAGCGCUUGGAGCACAGAACGAAGCACAUUGCUCUCCGCUACUUCCUUGCUCGUGAGUUGCAGCAGCGUGGUCAGUUGCGACUUGCGUACGUGGCCUCUGAGGCCAACACUGCUGAUGUGUUCACCAAGGCACUUGCGCCUUGUGACCAUCAGCGCUUCUGCACCCAUCUGGGUCUUGUGCUUGUCUUGCCUCACUUGCUCUCCUCUUGA